UUUUUUCUUAAACGAAAUAAAACAAACUUGAAAAAGUCUCAUCUGGUCUUCACUUUUGUCUACUCACUCAUCUCUUUCUUUUCCGUCUUCCUUUUGUUUUUCUCUCAUUUCAGCCAUGGAUUCCAAUCAUUCCAUAUCCCCGAGACAGCAAGACAAUCAGAAACCAUGGCAGGGACUGCAAUCUCCCAAAGCCGUCGCUAGAUCCGAACCCGGGAGCCCGUACCCGACAACGUUCGUCCAAGCGGACACGUCGUCGUUCAAGCAAGUAGUCCAAAUGCUGACAGGCUCCUCGGAGACAGCGAAACAAGCGUCCUCGAAACCCGCGGCGAACCCGACCCACAGCAUCCCGCCCAUGAAAUCCGUUCCGAACAAGAAGCAGCAGUUCAAGCUGUACGAGCGGAGGACGAACUCCCUGAAGAACAACCUCAACAUCAACCCCCUCACCUCGUUUUUCUCGCCUCGCAAACCCGACAUGCUCUCACCCAGCAUCCUCGACUUCCCCGCACUCGUCCUGAGCCCCGUCACACCCCUUAUACCCGACCCGUUCGACCGAUCCAACGCGCCCCCUUCCCUGGACUCCGAGGCCGAAGAUAAAGCCAUAAAAGAGAAGGGUUUCUUCUUGCACCCUUCUCCCGCUUCUACUCCCAGAGACGCCGAACCUCGCUUGCUCCCUCUCUUCCCUACCACCUCUCCCAGAGCCUCAGGUCCUUCUCCUUCUUCUACCGCCGCUUCUUGAAUCGCUUCUCUUUCUUUUCUUUAUUAUUGCCCCUUUUCGGAUUUUCUGUAAGAUUCUUAUAUAAUUUCUGUUUUAUUAUUGCCAUUCAUGCCGGUUAGAGAGAUCCGUUCAAAAUUUGUAAUGCUUAUUGAGAGAAGGGAAUAAUCCUGCUUUAAUUGUAUGUAUAAAUUAUGCCGUUUUCCCCCAA